AUGACGUCUAACAACGGUGACAUGACUAAUUCAUGGACGUCUUCCGUCUCUGAGAAGGGCGAAUACGUCAGAAAAACAACAACUUUUCGUAAGACCGUCACAGCGGAUGGUUCAAGUGGUUUCAAAGCGGAAGCUGAUCGUUAUCAUCUGUACGUCUCAUUAGCAUGUCCAUGGGCACACCGUACUCUGAUUGGUCGUAAAUUAAAAGGAUUGGAGGAAGUGCUGCCAUAUACGGUUGUUGAUUGGUUGCUUGGCCCAGGUGGUUGGAACUUCACUGAUAAGAAACCUAAAUGUUCCCUGGACACUGUGAACAAUGCAAAAUUUUUGAAAGAAAUUUACAAGAAAGCUGAUGCAGAUUAUGAAGGUAAUAUUACAGUACCUGUGUUGUGGGACAAGAAGACGUCAACUAUUGUAAACAAUGAAUCAGCUGAAAUAUUAAGAAUGCUCAACACUGAAUUUAAUGAGUUCUGUGCAACAGAUAAGCAGAAAAAAAUUGACUUCUAUCCCAAAGACUUGCAGGGGAAGAUUGAUGAAUUGAAUGACUGGAUUUUCCCUAAAAUCAACAAUGGCGUUUAUCGUGCUGGAUUUGCUACAAAACAGGCAGCGUAUGACACUGCUGUACAUGAACUAUUUGAAGCUUUAGACAAGGUUGAGGAUAUUUUAUCUAAGAAUCGUUACUUGACUGGAGAUCAACUGACUGAGGCUGAUAUCCGUCUUUUCACUACAUUGGUGAGAUUUGAUACAGUAUAUGUAGGGCAUUUCAAGUGUAACAAGAAGCGAAUCUUAGAUUAUCCAAAUAUGUGGGGUUUUGUUCGUGAUAUUUAUCAGACAGGUUGUAUAGCAGAGACUGUGGACCAAGAACAUAUACAAAACCACUAUCAGCAAAGCCACAAGAGCAUUAAUCCUAGUGGUAUAGUUGCUAUUGGUCCUGACCUUGACUUUGAUGCUCCACAUGGCCUUGGAAAAUAACACCAAAUACAAGUUUUUCAUAUUUAGGUGCUUCUCUUCAAGGAAAUAUUUUUAAAAUAAACAGGUCUAUUUUGCUACUGGGUGUCUAUUAACCAAUUGUUAUACCGGUAUAUGUAUUAAACAAUGCCUUUGUACAUGUAACCAUAGAUUCUUUACUGUAAGGUAUAUGAUGCAACAUACAAUUGUGACUACU